CCGACUUCACUACUCACUCACCUGUCCACCUCCCUCUUUAUAACCCAAUUCCCCUUCCUCUUUUCCCUCACUCCCAACUAAAAACAAAGCCUCACCUAUGGCCUUGGAAGCUCUCAAUUCCCCUACUUCCGCGCUCGGCCACGACCAGCUCCUCAAUCAUAAGCCCUUCGACCCAUCAACCCAUCGAUCCAAGCGUUCGAAACAACCCCGGUUCGACUCCGAUGACGAGUACUUUGCCUUUUGCCUUCUCCUUCUAGCUCGUGGCAGAAUUCCAGAUUCUAACACAGAUACGCUUGGUGGGCAUAAGGCUAGCCAUCGGAAAUCUGAUGGCGGCGGUGGUGGAGAGAAAGUCUCGGCGGCGAUUACUGCCACCGUGUCUAAUUCUUGUAGGACCCAUCAGUGUUCCGUUUGUUUUAAGUGUUUUCCCACCGGUCAGGCUCUCGGCGGCCAUAAGCGACGGCACUACGACGGCGGCAGUGGUAAUAAUAGUAAUACCUCCAGCUUCACGCAUACCCAUCUCCGGGAAUUUGACCUUAACGUCCCUGCCGUGCCGGAGGUUUGGUCGAGAUUUCCCGCCGGUGACCGGCAGCAAAAAAGUCAAAGUCAAAGUCAAAGUGAAAGACAGUACUUUGCAGAGGAAGAAGUGGAGAGCCCUCACCCGUUGAAGAAGCCGAGGAUUCCGAUUCCGAUCUCCGGCGACCCCAAAUCCUCUGUUUUUUGUUCUUAGAUUGAUUUGAUUCUGUACAAAGAUAAGAACAGUUGUUAAUUAUUUGUGGAUUAGAUUAAAUUUGAUUAUGUUGUUAAUUAUUUAAGAGUUGAAAACUGGGCGUAAUGAUGAGUGUGUCGGAGACAAAUCCAUGUGAU